GUUUCCUUGGUCCCCGCCGACGCCAAGCGAGAAGAGAAGGCACGUGUGCUGUAGGUGUAGCAAAUUGGACAAGCUACAUCGCUAAUGCCGGGUGUACGGAGCUCAGGAAGGCUAUCUGCAACAAGCUUCAGGAGGAUAAUGGUCUAACCUAUAGCCCAGAUCAUGUGCUAGCGACCAAUGGGGCUAAGCAAUGCACUACACACGCUGUUCUUGAUGUUCUCUCAUGUGGUGAUGAGCGCCAUGGAUCAGUCCCUGCUAUAGGAGAGAGAGAAGAUGAGAGGAUGAGAGAGAAGGAAGGAGAGGAGGGAGAAAGAGAGAGGAAAGAGUACCUGGAGGUGCGUCGACCGGCGUCGGCAUGUGCUGGCAAGGUUGGGCGGGACCGGGUGGUUGGCUGCGGCUCCGUGGUUUCAGAUGGGGCACCGUGGGGAGCCAGGGAGGAAGCUUGGCCCAGCCAUGGCGUUGGUGCUGCGGAGAGCCGCCUCGCGCUACUUCAUCGUCGACACUACAGGCUUCGCCGCGGCCUACGCGAUGCCGCCCCAGGGGGAUCAGCAGCAGCCCCCCUCGCUGCAGGGGCCCAGCCAGCAGGUCGGGGCCAAGCUGGGGCCCUGCAUCGAGUGCAGCGCCACCGGCACAAGAAGUGCUCUGGGUGCAAGUGCAUGCAUAUUGUUGAUGAGCCAGGGAGGCGGCUUGGCCCAGCCAUGGCGCUGGUGCUGCAGACUCCCCGCCGCGUGGCGUCUCACUGCUCGUCCCUUCUGGUCACACCUCCCCAUGUAAAUUUGAAGCCUAAGGUGCCAACAAAGGUAGUUUGUGCUGAACAUCUUGAGUUACAGAACGAGAUACUCACACUGCUUAACAUACAGAGUUUAGGUUUGGACUUGCACUAUAGGUGGUUGCAAUCUCAGGCUUUGCGUGUCUGUCUAUGACAUCCUUGCCGUCGAAGGCGGAUUCACCUUUCCAUGAUAGGGCUGCUCGACGUAUAAAGUAAUUAGUGCCAUCAUCUUUGCCAUCCAUUUAUCUUUAUUAAGGAAUGUGAUGUUACUACUUACUAAUUAUGUAUGUUGUUUAGUAUUUGCAGAAGCAUUCUCAACUUUCCUCUGUACUUUCUCUUUUCUCUAUACUUUGUUUGGGUAGUAUUUACCCUGUCCCGAGAAUAGCAGAGAUAGACAUGCCUAUGUGUACAGCUAAGUAAUCAAAAUAGUUGAGAUAGACAUGCCUAUGUCUACAGGAAAACCAGCUUAACAUUCAUAUCUCAACUCCCUAUACACUCUGACCAGACAUAAAAUUAAGCUUAGGUCAGCAAACUGGAAAAAGGGCAUAUAUGGUUACCGUGUAGAGUAUGUGAGUAAAUACACAUGUUGCAUGGUGCAUGUUUUUUGCUGUGAGUUUCUUUGUAUGCUAGCGGAGCUCGAGUUCAAUAGUUCUUCACAUUACAUAUUUUAUUCACCCCCGUACUGCAUUUCUGUAAAAUACAUUGGUUCCAGUCUUGACUAUGGGCUGUUUUGCCAUGCUUACAUCAGAGCUCAAAAGUAGAUGUCAUCAGCAAGUAGGUGAUACAUGUCUAUCUGAUUUAGCAUUUUGGAAUUGCUCACAACAUUUCUUUCGGCAUGUCAAUGAAAAUGGCACCUUCCCAUUCUGAUGUUCAUUAUGUUUCUUGAAGCCCUCACCAUCUUUAUAUUCAUUACAUAUUCUCAAAAGCUUAUUUCUUAAUAAUACCUAAAGUGAAUACCAUGAGCUACCUCUCCAGUUUAUUCUUAUUUGAGUAUUAAGAGCACCUACAUUGCUUUGGUUCUGUAUGACUGAUCAAAUUUACACACACCUCAAUCAUAGUAAAAUCUGGAAGACGACGUAAAAGAAUCAAAGAAAAGUAGAGAUGCACAAUAGUUUUUGCUUUUCAGGGAUUGUUCUUGGGUUCAACUUUCGCCGGCAUGUUGUUAUUAUAGAGUUACCGUAUCUCUUUGAAUCGUCAUAUGUACUCCAAACUCUUAUAGAUUAUGCAACUAGCUAAUGGUUGGAACUUUUACUCAACUUUAUUAUAGGUGGCACAAAGUCAUGUUAGUUGCCAUUUUAUUGCUACAGAUAUGUUCUUGUUCUGAUUGUUUAUGUGAUGAUUAUAUUCAUGUGUAUGUAGCACAACCUCAUGUUUACAUUUGGCUUGAAGUCGGCUGUACUUUUUUUUGCUUUUGUUACAAGAUAUAUCAUCAAUUUCUUGUCUGGACGUACUUUUAUUAGUUUGCUUCUAACUGCAUCUUAAUAUGUACUCAGUAGGCUCUACAGGAUUCGAUGAUGGAUGUGUGAAUGUGAGCAAUCAGGAUAUAAAUUUCUUCCAACAGCAAGACAUGCUGAUUAGAUUCAGGAAUAUGUUCUUGCGUCCCAGCUUUGCAGCUUCACGUUGUAGGACUAAUAUUUGGUACCUGACAUGAGAUUGAGAAGUACCAUGCUUUAAUUAAUUAGUACAUACCUUGUGCAGGGCACAUAAAAUAUAUCUGAUAUCGGUUUUUUGUUAUUUAUAUUUUUAUCUUUUCUACCCUAAUUCAGUAGCACCAUUUCUUGAUGUUAUUUCUCUAUAGGAUUGUUGCUUCCACUAUAGCUUUUCCCCUCUGAAAUGAAUUUGAAUUAGGUCACUUUAGUGUCAAGGUAAAAAUUUCUUUGUUCUCGGGAAGAGCCAAUAUCCUAGGUGAUCGUUAAAUAUUAUUAAUAAUUACCAAUUAAUAAUUAUGUGCUUGACUGUUUGUUGAUGACCAAUAAUUAUGUAUUUCACUUAUAAGUAACUAUCUAAUUUGCAUGUUCCAUUUUAUUUCAGAUGUAACACAUUCUUUGUAUGUAUUCUGAUGGAUUUUAGAUAUGCUCACUUGAUAUCAUUUUUUUCUCUUGACUCUAAAACAUGUAUGUACAAGCUAUUUAAGAGGGACAAGAAGGCGGAAUAGCCUCGCUUAUACAGUUUCUGACUGCUAACAGUGCCAUCAUCAAUGAGCUUCACUCUAAAGUCUGUUCAUGGGAGGGUUGGGCUUCCUUCAAUGCUAGGGCUGAAAUUGGAGAAUAAACAAGGGGUUGACAUGCUUGUGAAGUUCUAUUAGGACAGCGUCUCCCCGCGUUCUCGAUCUGGCGCCGCCACAUAUCAUGAUUCUGGAUCGGGCGCAGGUCAUCGCCAUAAGAGAGCCUGGCUGGUGUGGUCUUCAUGCUUGGUGUGUAGAAGCACGGGGGAUGAGUAGGACGGGCAUGGUGAAGGAGCAGCUAGGCUGGAGCUCCGGCGUUGCUCGUGUCAUGGUCGAAUGGAGCCGGCCAUCACUAUGGGCUGCUGCUCACCGGUCAUCAUUCCCCAAUCUCAGUUGCUCAUCUUUGGCUUCACCAUCUUCCUCCCCUGAUCAUGCAUCUAUUUUAGAUCAUAUAAUUAUGCUAUAUCAUAUAUGUUGUUUAGUUCAGACUUGUGCAUGUGCAUGCAUUGGCAUUGAUUUAGACAGAGAUAUUGCAUGAUUUGUACAUAGAAGGAGUACAGAUGAUCUAGGAAUAAAUGUUUGAAUAAAGUUAGUAGUGAGAUUUAGAUCUGCACUGUUCUGUUUUAUGUAGAUUCUAAGCUGCAAAAUCAUACAUGGUCCUGUUAGUAA